UUUCUUUGCUGUGGAUUUGUAUUUCAACCCGGUGCACGGAAUUGGCAAUAAAUUGCAAUUCGCAAUGGCAACCGAGCCAGAAGCAUCAACUUCCAAAAGGAUCAACGAGAUACGCCAGGCCUCAAUCAUUGUAAAAUGGAGUGGUAAGGAGUAUCCCAUAACAGACCUAACUGAUCAGGACACGGUGGCCGUCCUCCGUCAUGAAAUCUUCAAACUCACACAGGUGCGGCCCGAGCGACAAAAAUUGAUAAAUCUCAAAUAUAAAGGCAAAGUAGCGCCAGAUGACAUCAAGCUAUGUGCCCUGGAAUUGAAACCAAACUUUAAGCUUAUGAUGGUAGGUUCUACCGAGGCUGCUAUUGAGGUUGCAUGCCAGCUGCCCGAAGAAAUGGCUGAGGUGAUAGAUGAUUUUGAUGUUGCCGAAGAAGAGGAUUUGGUAGAGAAAUCACCAGUAUACUUAGCAAAAGUGCAACGCCGGGUUAGGGAGUAUAAAAUUACAGAGAUUAAUCCUCCGCGGGAAGGUAAAAAGCUUUUAGUACUCGACAUAGAUUACACACUUUUUGACCAUCGAUCUCCCGCUGAAACUGCUUCGGAACUAAUGCGACCGUACUUACAUGAAUUCCUUGAAUCUGCUUACGAGCAUUACGACAUUGUCAUCUGGUCUGCCACGGGUAUGCGUUGGAUUGAAGAGAAAAUGAAAUUGCUGGGCGUCAGCAAUAAUGCCAAUUAUAAAAUAAUGUUCUAUUUGGACUCUACUGCCAUGAUUUCGGUGUACACUAUCGAACGUGGCGUCGUAGAUGUGAAGCCACUAGGUUUAAUUUGGGGUAUUUAUCCACAAUACAGUUCCAAAAACACCAUCAUGUUCGAUGAUAUACAACGUAACUUCCUGAUGAACCCACGCUCGGGCUUACGCGUACGACCCUUUCGGCAGGCACACUUAAGUCGUCAGACAGAUAAAGAGCUCCUGAAACUUUCAAAGUACCUGCACGAUAUUGCGAUCCACUGCGACGACUUCAAUACACUAAGUCAUCGUAAAUGGCAACAGUAUGAUCCCAAUAAACCGCGAUAAUGAAUGAAAAGAUAAGCAGAGCUAGUUUUGAAAUAAUCGAAUAGGCAGGCCACGAGUAUUAAAAUUAAAAUUGUGUUUUGCUUAGUAGCUUCACAAGGUAAAAUUAGCAUUGAAUAUUAUUGCAUUUUUGUAUAAAAACUUAAUAAAAUGAGAUUCAAGCAUUCGCUUACCGUUGCAUACAUAUUGCCCGGCACUAACGCAUACUAUUUAGCAACGAACU